AUGUCGCUCGAUUCAAUGCAUACUAUGGAUGAUUCUUGUAUCAAUGAUGAUUCAUAUUCUCAAAAUUUUGCAUCAGUUAAAUUGCGUUUUUCACUAAGCACAACACUAUUAAUAUAUGGCAUUUAUUUAUUACCAUUUUGUUUCGGCAUAUUUGGUAAUAUUAGUGUAUGUCUUAUAUUUUUUCAACAAAAAAAAUUACGAUCAAUAACAAAUACAUUUCUCAUGAAUCUUUGUGUAAAUGACUUAAUUGUCUUAUGCGUAUCGAUUCCAAUGACAUUAUCAGCUGCAUUGCUCGAGCAUUGGAUAUUCGGUGCAUUUCUUUGUAAACUUCUCAAUUUUGCUCCAACAGUAAUAGCUCUUGUAUCAACAUUUACUGUUGCCACAAUAUCUGUUGAACGUUGGUUUUUUAUUGUUAAUAAAAAAAAGUUCGAUCGUCGUUGUACAAUCAUAACACUUAUUCUACUUUGGUUUGUAUCGAUAUUAAUUGCAUUACCUGAAUUUAUAUCUCGACAUAUACAAGAAUUUGCACCACCACCAAUACCAUUUUCAAUGAUGAAAACGAAACUAUCAUUACAUACAAGAAACGAUUACAAUGAUACAGAUUUUCCACUAAUGGAAAUGACAAAACCCUCAUGUCAUAUGAAAAAGAUUUAUUUUUGUGUUUUAAAUCCUGGUAUUCGUAUGCGAAUAUUUUCAUACAUUGUGAUCACUGUACAAUAUCUAGUACCGUUCAUAUUUGUAUCGGUUAGUUGUUAUUCAAUUAGUCGUUUUCUUAAAGGACGUAUGAAACAGAUGCGUACAUAUCAAGUACGUCGUUCUACAGGUAAUAAUGAUAAUAGGCAGUCUAAAAAACAAAAAGAACCCAAACUUCAACACCAACCGUCUGAUCUCGAUAAUAUAUCUGAACAUAAAUUCGCUGAUUAUGAAGAAAUAUCUGUGGCAGUGGUUAAAGAUGAAAAAAAAAACAAUCAUUCAUUAAAACGUCUUCGUAGCUUAUUUAAAAAUCGUAAACAACAUCCAAAUUCACUAGAUUUAGAGCAACCAAAUUCUCUUUCCCAGUCAGAUGUUAAUCCUGCAUUAAUACCCAAUGUUAGAGUUCAAUCACAUAGCGAAAGACGUUUUCAUCGUAGUAAAAAAUUAUUGAUAUGUGUCGCUGCCCUUUUUACUAUAUCAUGGUUACCAUUGACUGUCGUACAAAUUUAUUUAGAACAUAAUGAAGAAAUAACACGUGAUGAACCGAAUUUUGUUUAUGCUUUUUUACUUAUACCUUGUUAUUUAAUAUCAUCAUUAUCAGCUUGGAUGAAUCCUGUCAUUUAUAAUUAUAUUAAUCGUAGUUUUCGUCGUGAAUUUUAUGCACUUUAUCCGUGUUGUUGUAAAUUUUCGUCACCGUUAGCGGCAUCGUCAUCUAUGUCUACAAGAAAGGUAGUGUCAACAGUUCCAGCAGCAAAACUACGAAGACGAACAUUAAAAGAUAUUGAAGAAAAAAGAGAUGCUUCAAAAGUAUGUUCAGCACAUAAAUCAGGAGUACGUCUGAUAACCUUUGCUGAUGGAAACACGAAAAUAGCAUCAAUAGAUCAAACCAAUGAACAUAUUUGA